CCUUGAUCAUAGAGAUGAAGUUCGAUCUAAGUAGAUCAUCAUACAAAUGGACCGGAAUUAAAGAGUUAGAAUUCACCCACAGCCUCGUCACUCAGCGGUACCACCGCUUGUGGCACCCCCACUCUAGUUCUGGUUGUGCUCUCAGCGCUAGUAUUUCUGCUAAAUUUGCUGGUGCAUAUGACUCGCCCCCAAUUUAUUUUCCUUUUUCCUUUUUCCUUUUUUUGUGCUUUUAUGUCAGUCGGGUGCCAGAGAGUAUGAUACCAGCUGCACGAGGUGGGGUUGGAGGGUUACUGCAAGGGGUUUGCCUUCCCCCUCCGCGCGCGCAACGCUCAAGCUGGAGAAGACGGCUAAGGGGUAGAUGCGAAGGGGAAACUGCCGAGAAAGGAAGGAUGAGCGGAAUGGAGACGAAAAGGAAGGAAAGAGGAGGAGGAAGGAGGAGGAGCGAAAGGCCAGAACUGCUGCACGGCCACAAGUACUAGUAGUUCAACGGCUCUUGGCGAAAUGGGCCCGGGCGGGAUCAGCACCCGCAGGGGGGGCUAUAGAACCCGUGGUGUAAGUACGCCGUGCGAUGGCCGCCCGCAAUGCCAGUUUGACGUUGUUG